AUGUCCAAAGCGAAGGUCUACAUCGCCUCGGCCGUCGCGGCCAUGACGGGUGCCUUGUUCGGAUACUCAGUCGGCUUCGUAGGCGGGAUCCUCGUCCUGCCCUCAUUCCUCCGACAUUUCCAUCUCGACGCCUUGCCGGAUGUCGACCUCGCACGGGCCCAAUCUCUCGUCGUCUCCUCAUGGAUCACCGGCGCCCUGUUCGGUGUGCCGAUGGGCAUCCCCAUCUGCGCACGGUACGGGCGUAAAAUGUGCCUUACGUUUAGUGCAGCCUUGUACGUGGCAGGCACGGCGUUGCAGGUCAUUAAUGCUGGCUCUUCACUCGGACUGUUCGAAGUCGGCAGGCUAUUGAAUGGGUCUGGCGUUGGUGCGGGAACGUUGGUUUCGCCAAUUUACAUCUCCGAAAUCUCCCCCCCGGCCGACAGAGGCAUGCUCAUGUCCGGCUAUCAAGUCAUGAUCCAAAGCAGCGCAUUACUCGGCUUUUGGGGCUCGUAUGCGGCCAAUGCUGCUGUCCCCGAGACUUCAGAUCUCCAAUGGCAAAUUCCCGUCGCCGUCCAACUGGUGCCCGGAGCAAUCCUGCUCUUCGGCACACUCUACCUGAAAGAAACCCCACCUUACCUCGCGAGCACAAAGAACCUGGACGCCGUAUCGGAAUCCCUUGCCUGGCUCCGCGGCCUCCCGACCACCGACCCCUCCGUCGCCCGCGAGGCGAAGGCUCUGUAUCUCCGCGUCCUGGCGGGAGCGCGUCGACAGGCGAUCCGCCACUGGAACUUCCUCCAUGAAGCCUUCACCGAACCGAUCCGCACACGCCUUCUGGUUGGUGUGGGAUUGUUCAUUGUCCAAAAUACAAGUGGCAUGAACGCGCUGAAUUACUAUGUCGCCCUAAUUUUCAUGACAGCGGGCUUCAACACGGUCUCGUCCUCCUUAUUUUUGACCGGAAUUUUUGGUGCCGUGAAACUCAUCUCCGCCGCCGUCUUCAUGUUCCUCUGCGUGCGCAUUUACGGCAAUCGCUUCUGGUUGAUUGCCGGCAUGGGUACCUGUGCAAUCUGCAUGUUCAUCCUCGGCUUCUGCGCCGCGGAAUCCAGUCCGUUAUCGUCCAUCCCCCAAGUCCACAUCACUCCAAACAGCAUCCUCAGUGUUCUGAGCGUGUACAUUUUCUCCCUGUCGUUCGGCGUUUCCAUUGGCCCCAUCGCAUGGAACGUAUGCAGUGAGAUUUUCCCCGGCUAUAUCAACGAGGCAUGCUGUGCGGUUACCACGUGUACGCAGUGGCUGUUUCAAAUUGUGGUCGCGGCGAUCACACCCAUUUUGCUCGCGAGCGUGGGGCCUUGGACGUUUUUCAUCUUCGGAGCGUCGAAUUUGCUGGGACUUUUGUUUUGUUGGGCUCUUGUGCCGGAGACGAGAGGUGUGGCGUUGGGGAAGGAGAUGUCUGCUGUUUUUGGCCAGGAGAUCAAAGAUGAAGAUGGAGGGGGAAGUGAGGAACCGGAGGUCGAGGAGGUGGAUGAUCGGACGCCGUUGCUCGGUGCAGACAGGGCGACGAGAAGAAGGAGGAGUUCGAUUGCGAUCGUGGUUUAG